AAUCGCUGUUUACUUCCUGCGGCUGAGGAGGCCGUGGCCCAAAUCUUUGCUGUUCAUUUGUCGGAGAGGAUGGCCCUGGAGACGGUGCCGAAGGACCUACGGCAUCUACGGGCUUGUUUGCUGUGUUCUCUGGUCAAGACUAUAGACCAGUUUGAAUAUGACGGAUGUGACAAUUGUGAUGCAUACCUUCAGAUGAAGGGUAACCGGGAGAUGGUAUAUGACUGCACCAGUUCUUCCUUUGAUGGAAUCAUUGCGAUGAUGAGUCCAGAGGACAGCUGGGUGUCUAAGUGGCAGCGAGUCAGUAACUUUAAGCCGGGUGUGUAUGCAGUGUCAGUCACUGGUCGCCUACCCCAAGGAAUCGUGCGAGAGCUGAAAAGUCGAGGAGUGGCCUACAAAUCCAGAGACACAGCUAUAAAGACCUAGCAAGAUGCAUGGCUGCCAGCGUCUUGCCUCUGCCCCACCUCCUGCCUCUGUUUAUUUUUUGUUGUGGAACUAAGGGGGCGGAACUUCAGAUACUCCCCACCAUCCAGUUCUGAGACUCAGCAGACUGUUGAGAGCACAGCGUGUCCCUGGGCCAUUUUACCUUUGGACUACUGGUGGGGGUCGUUUGGGUUGGUGGAUUGACAGAGACUGAAUUGAAUGGGAGGUAGGAUACUGGAUUUCCUACUCAGAGCCCAGGUCUAUGCCCCUACCCAUGGGCAAGACUCUGGGUCAAAUGCCAAUAAACACGAAUCUCUAGGAAAGUUCUUAAGCCCAUGA